AUGCCUAGAAUCAUUGCAGAUGCAUCUCCUUCACCAGAAACAAUUUCUUGCUGCAGUCUUCUGAGUGAGCCAACAAUUGCUGCCGUGCUAGACUUGAUCAGAGCCUCUUCUACCUUCCUCUGCAAUUUCAAUGGUGAUGGAGUCAAUGGGUGCUUGAUGUGGUAUGGGGAUUUGAUUGAUAUCAGAGAGGUUCCUGGAGCAGAUAGCACAUUGCACUUCUAUAUUCGCUUGCCACGUUCAGAACUAGUUGUAGUGUCGGACAAUGAUUCAGAUAAGAAGAAGAAAAAGAAAACGCCCGGAAAGCUAAUCUUCAUAUCGACUGCUGUUGGAGUGCUCAUCUCUGGCAUAAUCUUGGGGGCAAUACUUCUAAAGAUAAGACUAAUGAGACAAGGAAAAAGGAAAACAGAAGACUUAGAUUUACCUUCAUUUGAUUUGGCAACUAUUGCAGCUGCGACAGAUAACUUCUCUAGCGAGAACAUAAUUGGUGAAGGUGGUUUUGGUCAGGUUUUCAGGGGCAGCUCACCGGAUGGACAAGAAAUAGCAGUAAAAAGACUGUCCAAAACAUCCAGACAAGGUCUUGAAGAAUUCAAAAAUGAAGUGAGUUUGAUUGCCAAACUCCAACACAGAAACCUCGUUAGACUUUUGGGUUGCUGCACUGAAGGAGAUGAAAGAAUGUUAAUCUAUGAGUACAUGCAGAACAAAAGCUUGGAUAAUUUUAUUUUUGAUCAAGAAAGAAGGACAAUAUUGACCUGGCCUAAACGAAUUCUCGGAGGGGGUCAAGGUAUUGCAAGAACAAAAAGAGUUAUUGGGACAUAUGGCUAUAUGGCUCCAGAGUAUACCAUUGAUGGGAAGUUCUCCAUAAAAUCAGAUGUCUUCAGCAUGGGAGUUGUCUUGUUAGAGAUAGUGAGUGCCAAAAGGAACAGAGGUUUCAGACAUUUAGAUCACUAUCACAGCCUUUUAGGACAUGCAUGGCUACUUUGGAAUGAAGACAAGGCUUUGGAACUAAUGGAUGAAUGUUUGAUAGAUUCAUUUGUUGAAUGUCAAGUAAAGAGAUGCAUACAUGUGGGCUUAUUAUGUGUUCAGAAACACGCAGAAGACAGGCCAUUAAUGUCUUCUGUGCUUUUCAUGUUAGGAAGUGAGGAGGGAGCAAUUCUUCCAGAACCCAAGGAACCUGGAUUUUUCAUCGAAAGGAGUUCUUUCAAUGAAAAAACCUGUACAUCAGAGGCCAACACAUAUACAAUCUCAAUAACUGAUUUAGAAGGCAGAUAG